UGUAAAAUUUUUAGUGAUUCCAUUAUAGUCGAAUCUGUGUGACUUGAAAAAAAUAUGUAAUAACAUAUUUUUUAAAACAAUUAAAUUAAAAUGUCGACUAAAAGUAUUAAUCCACAAAGGGAAAAAUCUACUGCUAUAUCAAAUGGAAAUACUGCAGCUAGUCUUCAAGUUUCAUUACCUCAAAUGUUGGAUCUUGCUUUAGGAACACCUGAGGUGGGAGCUGUAAAUUUUAAUAUUCUUCAUAAUUUUCUACAUGUUGUGUUACAUCAAAUUAAUUUAAGAACAACAAAAGUAGAAUAUAGAGGUGAAGAUGCAAAUCGAAUCAAGACAAUGGUUACCUCCUUGAAUGAUGGACCAAGUUUACAUCUACACGAAUAUAGUAUUACUGACAGUUCUGGUAGAAUAAAACAACGAAUACACAGCGAUGAGAAUUUAACAGUGAAUGUUGAUAUUUAUACUAAUCAUGAUGCAAAUGCAAAAGUUUCAAGAGGCUCUGUGAGUGCCAGAGAAACUAGAUCAAAACAGGAAAUGGACAUUGAAAAAAAGAAAGUGAAAGGUGUAAAGCAACAGAUAAGUGGAAAAAAGGAAGGAGAAUUUGAGUCUGUUAUUUUUGUAGAGCCAAUAGUAGAUGGAACAACUCCAACUGCACUGAGUUUUAAGAAAUUGGAAAAUUCUGUGCAAAAAUUGCAACAACAAUUUCAAUUUCUUGAGGAAUUAGCAACAAAUCCAGAAUUAAUAAAUAAAGUUAAAGGGAAUAAUACCGAUCCUCUAAAAGAUAUGUGGCAAAUUAUUAAUAUCAACAAGAGAUUGGAUGCCAGUGAACAAGGAAUUAAUAAAUUAACAUCAAUGUUGCAAGAUAUCAUUAAAAGUGAUAAAAUAGAAGUACAAAAUGAAUCAUCUGAUGUUACGACACAAUUGACCGAAAUCGAUCAAAGAAUGUCAAAUUUGGAAGAAACUAUUAAACGUCUUUUUGAAGAAAAAAAUUCAAUUCCUCAGAAUAUUGAAAACUCUGAGCCAAAUUCUAUUGAACGAAAAUCUAAUUCUAAAAACACAGAGAAAAUAUCAAAUGAAUAUGAAGAGAGAAAUAAAUCGACUGAAGAAAUAAAUACUCUUGUACAAGAUUCAAUUGAAAAUAAAGAUGAUUUUAGUGAAAUUCUCGCUAAUGUUAAUAGUUUGAAAAAUGAUGUAAAUCAAGUUCGUAAUGAUAUUGCAGAAUUAAAAUCAAAAUUUACAAAAACAUCAGAACAUAAUCUGAGAUCAGAAGAAAUAAAAUCGGGAAUUGUAGAAAGUAAAGAAGAAACAGAAAUUGAAGCAACUACUGAAACCGAUGGAAUUAAAAAUAAAAGUAUUACUUCCAUUAAACAUAAAGAACAAAACAGUAAAUCUGAAUUUGAGGAGGAAAAUUUAAAACACAAGAAAUCGGAACAAAAAGAAACAACUGUAAAUCAAAGAUCUUCUACAAUUGCUGCUAAAGAAUCAAAUGUAGAAAAAUUAGCAUUGUGCCUCGAAGCUGUACAAAAAGUAGAAACAAUCGAAACUGCUAUGAAAGAAUUAAGUACCAGAGUUGAUAAUCUGGAAAAAAGUACAACUCACCUUUCAGAAAUUGCUAACAAUUUACCAGUGAGUGAAGUUAAUUCUGAUAAAGAAAAAAAUGAACUUCAGACUAAAAUUCAAAAAAUCGAAGACGAAAUGGAGAAAUUGAUUCAGACGAAUAAAAUUGCAGAAGAUAAAGAUGAUGUCACUGUCAAUAAAAACACUCUACAAGAGCAAAUUGAAAUUCUAAAAGUUGUAAAAGUUGAUAAAGAAGAUCUCGAGGAUGCUUUAGCUAAUAAAGCAGAUACCAUGACUGUAAGCAGAAAGGUGUCCUAUGAUCAAUUUGAUGUAACACGUGAUGACCUCACACGUGGACUCGAAGAAGCUUUCGAUAAAUUAAACCAACAAGAAUCAAUAAUGCAACAUGCUUUAGAUGAAGUACACAAAGAAAUAGAUGGCAAACUUGAUAAACAAGAAAUUUCCCCUUUCAAAGAAUCAGUUGAUAAUAAAUUUCAACGACUGCAAGAAAAAUUGAAAAUUCUUUCUGAAAUAAGAGAACCAACUGAAGCAGCAGCAACUAAAAGGAUGCUUAGAGAUGUGCAAUGCUUAUCCUGUGACAAAGAUGUAGUAAUGAGAAUGCAUGAUAAUAAUCCAAUGUAUGUUACUGCAUUAUCUUCAAUUAAGAAAUUACAACUUAGAACACAAUCGAAAAAAUUACCACCGCAAAGAAAAGAUAUGCUUUAUUUAGAAGCUGCAUUAAAAGAAGAAAGAAAAUCUAAAGGUUCUUCAUUGCCGAAAAAUGGAAACCAUUUUAGUAAUCGAUAUUGUGGUGGUAGUCACACAAUUAUAACACCACAACAAAAAAUAAUGAGAGAUGGACAUUUUUUAAAUCAAUGGGGUCCUCAAGUUAUUCAACUUCCUGCUGGUAUUAUUGAGGGAUCCGAUGGUAAAACAUAUCGUAGUCGAUUAUUGGUUGGUGAACCUAAUAAAAAUGAGAAGAAAAUUUGCGAUCCUUGUGAUAAUAAAUGCAAUUCUCAACAAAUUUUAAAAGAAAAUCUAGUUCCAGUGCCGAAUCAACAAAGUAUUGAAAAGAAAGGAAGCUAUGUAUCUGAAGAAGAAGAAAAAGAACUGGUAGAUCGAGUUUCUGUAGGAUCACGUGAAGAAAUUUAUAAACAUUCAAAAGAAGAGUACGAGAUGAUAAUGGAGGAAUAUCCAUCUUUUCUACCUUCACCUCCAUUAGAAGAGAAAGACAAACAAGAAUCAUUAUCAAAAACAAUGGGUGUUGGUAGUUUCUUCGAAGAAUCUAAAUCCAUUGCACAAAUUGCAUUUGAGGAGGACAACGACGAAUUUGAAGAGCUUAUGGAUGAUAACUAAUUUUCUAUAAAUUUUUUGAUAAUUUAUAUAAUAAAUAAAGACAAGAUUGACAGUGAA